AUGAGUGGGUCAGGGAAGGGCCUUUUGGGAUUAUGGCUUUAUAGAAACGGGUCUGAUUGGUCGGAAGUCAAAAACGAGGCGCCCCAUCAUCCAAAACUGGGUGAAAUACAAAUGUCCCAGCUACAGGGCACGUCGGAACGGGAGAGAAUUUCAGUGAUUUUCAGCCUUAAAAACCAAGUCGGUGGACUCGUCAGGGCUCUGACGGUGUUUCAGGAUCUUGGCAUCAAUGUCCUUCAUAUCGAGUCCAGAAAGUCUGCAUCAACAACUGCCUCUGCUGAUAUUUUGGUGGAUGUGGAGUGCGACCCGCGUCGUUUUGAGCAGCUGCAAAGGAUGCUGAAGCGAGAGGUCCAGGACUUUGAGGUGGUUCCUCCUCAGUCCGGCGAGGAGUUCCCUCCUCCCACGCCGCUCUCCGCGGCCGCCAGCUUCGAUUUCGGAGAUAUGGUAUGGUUUCCGCGCAAGAUUUCCGACUUAGACAGAGCUCAGAACGUGCUCAUGUAUGGGUCGGAGCUGGAUGCGGACCACCCAGGGUUCAAAGACCCGGUCUACCGUAAGAGACGCGAGCAGUUUGCUGCCAUAGCUAACAAUUACAAAUACGGCCAAUCUAUUCCCAAGGUGCAAUACACUGAAACCGAAAUAAAAACCUGGGGUAUCGUGUUUCGUGAGCUGCACAAGUUAUAUCAGAGACACGCCUGCGACGAGUACUUGGAGAACUGGCCGCAGUUAGUUAAAUAUUGUGGCUACAGGGAAGAUAACUUGCCACAGCUUGAAGAUGUCAGCAUAUUCUUGAAGCGUAAAACUGGCUUUCAACUGCGCCCUGUGGCGGGUUACCUGUCUCCGCGGGACUUCCUCUCAGGCCUGGCAUUCCGAGUGUUCCACUGCACGCAGUAUAUUAGACAUUCUUCAGACCCAUUCUACACACCAGAACCGGAUUGUUGCCAUGAGCUGCUUGGUCAUAUGCCGCUUCUGGCGAACCCGAGCUUCGCCCAGUUCUCUCAAGAGCUAGGGCUGGCUUCCCUUGGGGCAUCUGACGAGGAUAUAGACAGAUUAGCUACGCUGUACUUUUUCACCGUUGAGUUCGGGCUGUGCCGGCAGACGGACGGCAGUUAUCGCGUGUACGGCGCCGGAUUGUUGUCAUCAGUUGCUGAGCUGCAGCACGCGCUCAGCACCCCCGAGAAGAUCAAACGCUUCGACCCCGACGUCACUGUCAACGAAGAGUGCAUCAUCACGUCCUAUCAGAACGCGUACUACUACACUGACUCAUUUGAAGAGGCGAAGGAGAAAAUGAGGGCUUUUGCCGACAGCAUUCAGAAACCGUUUGGUGUCCGCUACAACCCUUACACCCAGAGCGUGGAGGUCCUCAGCAAUGCCCAGAAGAUCACAGCGUUAGUCAGCGAGCUCCGUGGAGACAUCUGCAUCGUCUCUUCAGCUAUCAAAAAGAUUUCCGCGCAAGAUUCUACUCUCGACGUGGAAACUAUUGCAAACAUGCUUCACACGGGACUGCAGGUCAAUGAAAGAAGCCCACAAAGCACUUCAGGCAACAAUUCACCAAAUUCAGACAGAGGCGUAUCUCCAAAACCAGAAUCAAAUUGAACUUAUAUUUAUUUCAUAUAAUAACAAAUUGUAUUCACCUAUCAAUUUCAUUAAGUAUACAAAAUAAAUUAACUUAAAACUUAAUUUUACUGAUAAAAUCAGGUCUUGUUGCUAAUAACAUCAUUUCAGGACAUUAAAACAAGUCAUUAAACUUUUGUUGUAGAGUCACAUAAUACAUACAUAUAUUGCAUACAUAAUAUAUUGCAUUGUAUACUUAUAUUAUUAGAAAUUUAACCCACAUACAUCCGUUUUAAGAAAUUUAUCUAUGUAUUAGAAUAAGAACAAUUUAUUCGUCUAAAAUAACUUUAUUGCAUAAGAAAACAAAUAUAAAAUAAAGAGAAAAAUCACGAACUUAUCCUAAGCAGUCAUCCGCCAGGAAAACACAUACCUAGUAUGGACUUAGUAGACGUUACAGACAAUUAUAUUACAAUUAUCUUGUAAAACUGUAUUUCGAUUUUAUUGUUAUAUUAUAUCGAUAU